AUGUGCACGAGAAAAUCGACUGUGAAGUGCAUAAAAACCCUUCUGAUUGUAUUCAACUUGCUUUUUGUACUUUUGGGCUUGAUACUUGUCGGCUUUUCAUGCCGGGUGUUGCUUGCACCUACUCCUCUGUUUGGGCCAGACAAUCCGGAAGUUGUUUAUUUGGGAGCCUGUACUGCACUGGCCUUUGGCCUAAUACUAGCGGCUUUGGCAUUCGUGGGUUGUAUCGGCGCUGCUUUGGACAAUAGAUGCCUGCUUAUUACGUUUUUCACAGUGCUUUGCGGAUUAUUUAUGGGCGGGUUGGUUGCCGGGGUGCUUGUGGCGGUUUUUAAGGAUGAGAUGUUCACUUUGUUGGUAAACCGUUUGAGUAUCGCCGUUCAACAUGAUUAUGGUGUCUCCGCGGUCUGGACAGAAUGCAUUGAUCUUAUCCAAACCAAGCUUCAAUGCUGCGCUAUAGACGAUUAUCAAGCCAAUCUGUACUCUCGUUCCGUGUGGUAUCAUCGACAACGGAUCGGACUACAGCAGGAAGGGCCUACAAUGGAUCGAAAAAACCAAGUGACUUUACGGCCGAUCAAGGUCCCUGCCUCAUGCUGUCUCCGAACUGCGAACAAUUUGCAUUAUAUGAAUUUGACAGCCUGCCAAAAUGGGCCACUGGAUCCGAUUCACAAUCAGUACAUCAACGCUAGAGGCUGUUCAACUGCUCUGGCUGAAUUCUUCCAGAAUUUUCUCGUUCUCUUUGUGGUCGUACCACUGGUCCUUCUCGGUUUCCUGUUUAAUCUCCGGUUUUCACCCAUUGCAUUUAUUUUUCUCCUCAGUUAUUUUUCUAGUUGUCUUCAACAACUACAUCACCCACCCCAUUUUAUUUUCAAGUAUGCCCAAUGCGUUUCAUCCAUCAAAUCUCUAAAACACAUGGUCUAA